CCUGGGACGACCAAUCACCAACUGAUUAAGUCUUUAAAUACAGAAUUAAUCCCCGCCAACCAAUUACCUUUCAACUAUCAGACGCGUCGACACAGAGCCGAGACCGAAAGCUGACGAAGUAACUAAAGCUCUCAGUAACGGUAACAUACAAAUCACGCGAUACUUCGCAUGGCACACUGUCUUCGAAUCCCACGGCUCAGCUGACGCGGCGCGGUGCGCGAGGAGCUGGCGAUCCAGGGACGAGGUGGCGGUCGGGGGAGGAGACACUGGAGCAGAGGAUGGUUUGACCCUCCCACACCUCCAUGACACGCUCCACCUCACAGACAAAGAUAACCCCCCCCGGCUCUCACCGUCGCCAUGGUGAGAGUCCCGGAACCUGUUUCCAUGGUGACCAACUAGAGAGCACCCCAGGAUUCCCAAUCUGUUGUCAUGGUGAUACCUAAGGAGAGAAGCAGGUUGCGGAUCUGUUCUUUGUCGUCACGGCGAUCGUGUAGCAGGUGCCAGCACGGUUGAAGCUCCGCAGGGAGGCUGAGUGGGCGUGGCCAUGGGCAGGCCCCGCCUCUUCCACAUCUUCCUGCUGCUGGGCUCCGCCCUCAUGGUGCUGCUGAUCAUCAUCUACUGGGACGACAUGGGGACCCCCUACUCCUACGGCCGCUCCCCCCUCUCCCCCUUCUCCCCCGGGCCCAGGACCCCCCACACCCCCCCCCAACCACAGCAUGGACCAAAACAACAGCAGCAACAACAACAACAACAACAACAACAACAGCUGCAAGCGUCGCGGUCUCCGUCCUUCCUCUCGGACAUCAACGCCUUCGUGAACCAGUUCCUGGAGCUGGGCACCGGGGAGCCCACCGACCCCGCCCCCCUGGACACAGCCAACCAAUCAGAGCGGGCGGAGGAGCGCUACGUCCCGCGGCGGGAAUGGAAGAUCCACCUGACGCCCGUGGCCGCUGAGCUGCAGCAGAGACAGGAGCAGCGACGGCAGAGGCUGCAGGAGGCUUGUGCAGAGGACAGUGUGACGUUCCCCGGGAAGAAACGCUCGUUCGAUGACAUCCCCAACAAGGCUCUGGACCACCUCAUCGUGGACGACCGCCACGGCAUCAUCUUCUGCUACGUGCCCAAGGUGGCGUGCACCAACUGGAAGCGGCUGAUGAUCAUCCUGAGCGAGAGCGUGCUGCAGGACGGGGUGCCGUACACGGACCCCCAGGCCAUCCCCCGCAGCCUGGUGCACAACCUCAGCUCCCACCUCACCUUCAGCAAGUUCAGGCAUCGCUACGGGAAGUUCUCCCAUCACCUCAUGAAGGUGAAGCUGAAGAAGUACACCAAGGUUCUGUUCGUGAGGGACCCCUUCGUCCGCCUCGUCUCCGCCUUCCGCAACAAGUUCCUGGAGACCAACGACGACUUCUACAACCUGUACGGCAAGGCCAUACUGCGGCGCUACGGCCGCCAGCCCACGCCCCCCGCCCUGGCGGCGGAGGCAGGGGCCGCGGGCGUCCACCCCUCCUUCCCGCAGUUCGUCCAGUACCUGCUGGACCCCGACACGGAGAAGGAGGCUCCCUUCAACGAGCACUGGCAGCAGGUGUACCGUCUCUGCCACCCCUGCCAGAUCCAGUACGACUUCGUGGGCCACCUGGAGACGCUGGAGGAGGACGCUGAGCAGCUGCUGAGGCAGCUCAGGGUGGACAACGUGGUGCAGUUCCCCCCCGCCGCGCGCGGGAACCAGUCCGCCGGACUCUCCCUGGCGGACUGGUUCAGCGCCGUGCCGCUGGAGGCCCGGAAGAGGCUGUACCAACUGUACCAGCCGGACUUCACGCUGUUCGGGUACCCGUCCCCAGAAGCCAUCCUGGAGGAGGGAUAUGCCCUCCAAACCCAUCCUGAGGAGUGAUACGCCCUCCAAACCCAUCCUGAGGAGUGAUACGCACUCCAAACCCAUCCUGAGGAGUGAUACGCACUCCAAA